AUGCUACGAUCAGAUGCAGAAACUCGAACCGAGGAUAUAUUAUUUCAAAAUAUUAAUACUAUUGACCUUGAUAUUAUUUUAAAAGUACAAGAGGAUAUCAGUCCAGAUGAUAUUAUAUCAUUGGUAUUUUUGUUAUACGAUUUUCCCGAAACCGCUUUGCAACGCCUGAUUGUUUAUCAAAGAGUAUCUACAGAUAUUGCAGUUAAUCAUAUUAAUUUGCUUUAUGAGUGGGCAGUGUAUGCUCAACGUCGUCCGACAUGGAAAUAUGAAUUCUUAGAAGCUCUUGCAAUUUGUCGCCUUUAUAAUGUUAUAAGAAAAUUGGGAUUUAAUGUAAGUAAUAUAAAGAAACAUUAUUUACCAGAAAAUGUUCAUGUUAAUAUUUAUAUCGAUCCAAUGAAAAAAGUUUUAUACAGAUUAUGUGAAUCCAUGACAACUAAACAUAUGACUAAAUUGAAAAAAACUUUAUUAUCAUAUAAAAUUGAUGUUUCAAAUUGUGAAGCUACUGAAGUACUUUUCUUAGAACUCAUAUGUAAAAAGUUUAUUACAUUGGGUCAAUACAGUACAGAUAUGAAAACAUACACUAACAAAUAUGAGAUGGAUCAACUUGUAGGAAUACUUGAGAGCUUCAAUGGCCUCACAGAAUUUGCAUUGACUAUAAAAGAAAUACAAAGUCAAUUAAAUAAUCAUAGCAAUAUUAAUCAGCAACAAAGUAGUAACACAUUAGUUAAAAAGUAUAAGUCAGAUUUAAACAACUCUGGAGAAACGUCUAAAUUUAAAAAAGAUGACUUUAUGGAAAUGUAUGACAUUCUGAAUCAAUUACAAAUGGGUGAGGAACCCAUGCCUAAUUUAAAAUCUGAUACUCAAUUUCAAAAUGAUGCUUAUAUAAUAAAGAACCGUAAUAGAGUGGGUUUAUGUUGUAUUAUAAAUCAAGAAAAUUUUUAUCCAAGUAAAGGGAGCAUUCAACUUCAUAACAAGAUUAAUUUAUCUGAUCGUAUGGGUUCUAGCCAUGAUGUUAUUGCAUUAGAAAAAACAAUGAAAGACCUUAAUUUUGUUGUAAUAAGUAAAUCUAACUUAGGACAUACGGAAGUAUUUCAAUUUUUGAAAGAUGUGAUUCAAAAUAAAAUUCACCCUGAAGAUAGUAUAUUUAUGCUUUGUAUUUUAUCUCACGGAGUAAGAGGUCAUAUAUAUACAGCAGACUCGAUGAAAAUUAAAAUUCAAGAUAUACAAAAUUUGUUAGAUUCUGAUGAAUCACAUAAACUUUAUGGUAUACCUAAGGUACUAAUCAUUCAAGCUUGUCAGAGUGAACAAGAAACUGAAAUAGAUACAAAAUUAGUUGCCGAUGGGCCAAGUUCAUAUGAUAAAUACUUGAAAAAGACACACUUCCUCAUCUAUUGGGCCACUGCUCCUGAAUAUGAGGCCUUCAGAAUUGAAAACUUGGGUUCAAUAUUUAUACAAUUUCUGUGUAGCAGAAUCAAACAAAGAGCAAAACAAGAGGAUUUAUUAAAUAUUUUUACAUCAGUUACUGAUUCUGUUUCAUCAGUAUGUACAGAACUCAGACGUGCUCAAGUACCAUUAUUUGAGUCAACAUUACGAAAAAAACUAUUUUUAUACAGACCU